AUGUUUGCGCCAGGAUCCAUGCCAGCGCUCAUGAGGGCGACUCCCUGCACAAUGCGAGCCGUCUCGAAAGCCACCCGGCAAGUCGGUCCUGCGACGUCCCCCACGGGCAGUGCAGUCCCUUUGACAUCGAGACCAAAGCAUGUCUCGACAGUGAACAGCCGCAGGACCUUCGCAUCAAGCAGCAUCGCCCGUCGACCAGCGGCAGAGUUCACAGGCAUGUCCGAGCAAGGCCUCACCGAGUCGCAGAUCGACGUGCGUCAAGCGAUCCAAUCGAUCUGCUCCCAAUUCGACGACAACUUCUGGAUGCACAAGGAUCAAUCUGGCGAAUACCCACAUGAGCUGUACGACGCGCUCUCGCCGGGGCGCUGGAUCGGGAUCUGCAUGCCCGAGUCUCUCGGUGGUGCAGGCUUGGGCAUCUCCGAAGCGACCGUGAUGCUCCAGACCAUCGCCGAGUCGGGCGCGGCGGUGGCGGGAGCGCAGUCGAUCCACGCCAACAUCUACCCGCUCAUGCCCAUCAUCGAAUUUGCCAGUCCAGAUCAGCACUCUCACUGGCUGCCCAAGAUGAUCGACGGUCGAAUCCGAUCCUGCUUUGGCAUCACGGAGCCCACGACGGGAUCCGAGACGCUCAAGCUCAAGACGAAAGCGGUCAAGCAGGGCGACAAGUACGUCGUCAGCGGGAGCAAAAUCUGGACCUCUUCGGCGCAGGUUGCUUCGCACAUGGUGCUGCUUGCGCGAACCUCGGAGCCUGAGUCCGGCUCGCGGUCCUCUGGCUUGAGUCUAUUCUUUGCGCCCUUGCGAGACUUGCCGAACACACCAAAGAAUGCGGCCAAGGCGCAGCUCAGACCCGGACUGGAGAUGCGCAAGAUCGCCAAGAUGGGUGGUAACAUGGUCGACGCUAACGAGGUGUGGUUUGACGACUUCGAGAUUCCCGCCUCGUGUCUCAUCGGGGAGGAGGGGAAGGGUUUCAAGUAUGUGCUGCAUGGGAUGAAUGCCGAGCGAUGCUUGCUCGCAGGUGAAGCGCUCGGCACGGGAUACGCCGCGCUGAAGAGGGCAGUCAAGUAUGCUGGCGAGAGAGUGGUCUUCGGCAAACCGAUUGGGGCGAUGCAGGCGAUCCAACAUCCGCUCGCCAAGAGCUGGGCAGAGCUCGAAGCGGCGAGGCAUCUCACGUAUGCCGCGGCGAGGAUGUUCGAUGAUAGAGCAACGGAUGCGGGUGCUCAGGCGAACGCGGCCAAAUACAUGGCGGCGGAAGCUGGCUUCAGGGCCUGCGAGACAGCAGUCAUGACGCUCGGCGGGAUGGGAUACGCGAGGGAGUUCCAUGUUGAGCGCCUGCUGAGAGAGAUUCUGGUCCCACGACUCGCGCCAGUCAGCCGUGAGAUGGUGCUCAACUACCUUGGCCAGCACGUCCUCGGACUUCCAAAGUCGUACUAA